UCCUCUUCUCCUCCUCCAGCUGCGCUGCUGCUUUUUCCCGGAUCCCCGGGUUCCAGAGUCCCUGCAUCUCCUCGCUAUCCUGCGUAUUCUUAUUAUGCUCUGACCCCUGUGCGCUCCGUUCCGCUUGUGUUACCUGCGACAAAGUCAUGGAGCUCUCCCGGCAGGAGUAUCCGGCGCUGCUGGCCUCCCUGCAACCAGUUCAAGCUACCGCUGUCCUAAAUGACCGCAUUCGCAUCAUAAACAAGGUCAAUGCCGACAUCGCCGACUGGCUUCAGGAGCGGCGCCGUGUCGAAGAGGCUUACGCCCAGGGCUUACGGAAACUUACCCACCGGCCACAACUUGACAAUGGCGAGGCACUCGGAAUAUUUCAACUGCCCUGGCAACGCAUCCUCAAUGCCACCGAAUCGCUAGCUGCAUCGCAUGAGACUCUUGCCACGAAAAUCGAAGAAGAUGUCGAGCGUCCUCUUAAAGAGUAUAGCUCCAGAAACCAGGAACUUCAGUCGAUGCCUGGUAUCCAGAACGAUCUGGCGACCUUGGCGAAGAGUCUGGAGUCUUCCCAAAAGAAAGUCGAGAAGGCGAGGGAGAAGGGCGGAAGAGGAGCGGAGAAGCUUGCCAGCGCUAUCUCCGCUGUUGAAGAAGCCAAUCAACAAUGGAACUCCAGGGCACCAUUUGUCUUCGAACAGCUUCAGUCCAUCGAUGAGAGUCGAAUCAAUCACCUUCGCGAUGCCUUGACGCAGUUCGAAACGCAUGAGGCGGAUAACAUCGAACGCUGCCGGCAAGCAGCUGAAUCCUGUUUGAAUGUGAUUCUCAAUGUGGAAACGGCAGAUGAAAUCAAGACUUUUGCAGCAAAGUUCAAUGGUGGAAGACCGGUAACCACGAGAAGACACGACACAUCCAUGUCUUCAAGGGAAGCUCCCCUUCCUCCUCCACCCCGCAUUCAUGAUGAUGCUGCCAGUCAGCGCUCUGGGAGGUCGGGUCCCAUCAGGGCAUCCUCUCAUCCUGUGACACCUGAACCACGGCAUACUGCGCUCGGGGGUCUCAAGAGGCUAGGCACUGUCAUGAACAGAAGAAAAAGCGUCAUUCAGCCCUCUGGAGGAAGCGUCUUCCCAGAGAAAAAGCUUCGCAGCCCGUUUGCUCCAUUCAGAAGAGAUACAGCACAACGGGAUCAGCUUCCCGAAUUGGGGCCUGGUUCCCCAACUUCUUUGGGUCCAAACCGCCCAGCAACUUCGUCUGCUCCUCUAGAUGUUUACGAUGAUCCCUCGCGAACUCCCAAUGAGCCUCGUGGUCUUAGUCGUCAUGCGACAGAGCCGCCUAUACCAGAAGCUCAGCCUGCUCCUACCAACACAAAUGGGGUAGCAUCUCGAGAGAGUCACCUCACUUCUUCUAGAGCUGCAAACAACCACACAAGUCAAGUUGAUUCAGAAGGCUAUUCGGAGCGGCCCCAGACAAUUGAUGAGAUAACGCGCAUCCAGAGAGAAGCUACCGGCGGCGAUGAGUCCGGCUUGAACCUUACGAUUCGAGAUCAACCCAUUUUUGAAGACGAAGACCAGGCAAAGCAGGCGAUGGAUGACAUGGCUAACACCUUGCGAUUGCAAGCGCAGAAGACUGGCGUCAGACGGAAUGUAGGCACUGUACGUGGUCGUCGAGACGUUCGGAACACGGUGUUUCUUCCGAACAGUCCGCCGCUUCCAGGACAAGAAAGCCUUGCUUUACAUUCAAGCACAGAUCCUGCUUCCACCCCGGGCUCUCCCGUUCUGCUCACAAGCAAGCAUGUUCCUUCAGCGAGUACCGGCACAGAAGAUCACACUCUUUCAGAUACUACGUCGGUUCGCUCAUCUCACACUCAGCAUAGUCUGGCAAGCAUCGUUCCUCACCCAGAUCUUCACACACCUGGGCUUAACGCAUCCAUCAUAGAAACUGUCAGUGCGUGGUUCUCCGAAGGCGCAGUCACAAAGUCCUUCGUUGUUGGAGAGCUUGCAUUGGCAUACAUUCCGAACCAGGAAAUGUCUUCGCAAAAUAUCCGGGUUCGCUUGGAUAACUUCGAAAUUCUAGAAAAAGUCGCCUCUAACCCUUACUUUGUGAGUGACCUUCCUUCACAGGGGAAAGAUCAAGAUAAAAAAGGCGAAUACAACAUCCUGCUGUCGAACAUAUCUCGUCCGACGCCGACUGUCGCUUUCAAGUAUCAAGUGCACACUGAUCAAGCAAACACUUCGACAUAUUGCCCUGUCAUCUUUAAACCGGCUUGGAACUUGGAAGAGUCUCGAGCAAGUGUCAUUAUACUUUACUCUCUCGAUCCCUCAUUUUCAUCUACGGUGUCAUCAGAGUCGAUCACCAUCAAGAAUCUCGUCUUGACGGUGACCCUAGAUACGUCUCCGAUAGACGAGGUUACAAAGCAGCCUCGUGAGGUAGCCCAUGCCACGAACGCUGUCAUGCAUCCCGUAGCAGGUGCAGCUUUUCGUCGCAAGCAUUCCUCUGUGGUUUGGAAGAUGCCCGAACUAGAAGUCAAAGUCGAUGGGGACGGCAAGUUCCUCGUCAGGUUCACUACAGCUGGAAAAUGGCCCCGUAAAGGUAAAGUGGAAGCCAAAUUUGAGCUUCAAACGCCUAAUGCAGGCAAGCGAUUGGGCAUCCAUGCCGCCUUUGAGCAACAAACAGAGCAAAAGGAAACCGAUCCCUUUGCUGACGAGGCCUCGAGUGCACAGUCUGCAGAGGCCCAGUCUACUUUGACAUGGCAGGAAGUUCCCACAGUGCGCAAACUAGUGACAAGGAAGUAUGUGUCUUCCUAGAUGUGGGUUGACAAUUUCUUGGAAGAGGGGUACGUUUCUAGAAUUUGACACCUUGUCAAUACCCUAAUCUACAAGGUAGCGUCAAAGCGUCCGAUCAAUUGGAUCACCGGUGGUUAUCGUUGUUCCUUUCGAUCGUUGAGUUCUAACGGCAUGCGACUCUUUCCUCGGCAUCUUUGAUAAACGCCCAUAUAUACCCACGCACUCUUCUCACGCCUCAGUAUUUAUUAACUGUUAUAUUCAUUGUGCAGCCAACUCCAUCCAGGCACUGUUUAUGCUCUCCUAUCUUAAAUCCCUCGUCUGCUGGCUUUGAUUACUUUUCCUAAUGUGUAUUAUUCAUGAGAGUGGACGGACUGUCGCUGAUAUUGUCCUGAUCAUUCGUUGGCUUUCUCUUCUUUUCCCCACCUCUAUAUAUUUUUAUUUCCAUUUCUUUCCCUACCAUUUUUCCCUUUAUUCUUUCUUUCUUCAUUUCUUAUGUUUGCAUUCUGUGCAUGCUAUUUCAAACAUUUCUUCAUCUCGUUUUGACUGUCUUUCAUGACCUGCCACAACCCGAGCAUAUUAUCAAACAGGGACCUAUAUUACUACCCACUUGUCUAUGAUGCAUCAAGCAUCGUGUCCUGUAAAUAAAUAGGCAUUGUGGCUGAAAGGCCAAGUUCCUGAGGGGUAGGCCAUAUGUAUUGAAGUAUUAUCCAUAAUGGAAUGAAUGUUAUAAUUUGCCU